UCUUUCCUUAUUAAUAAACAGCGAAAUCAUUCCAAAUAGAAAAUGACGGCUAAAGAUUACUCCUGUUAUACAUUCAAAUAAGAAAGUGUGUAAAUGUGUUUAGCGGACUUCUACUAUUUGGAGCAGAUGCAUGAAGUACAGAAAUCGAUAGCGCACUUUCACCUGACCAUAUACGACAACAGAAGAUUGUCUGCCGUAGUUUGGAAUAUUUCAGAGUGAUUUCAGCACUGAAUUUGCAAUGAAGGUUCUGGUGAUUCUUAUGAUGUCGACGUGUAUUUGGGCCGCCGACCCUAAGGACCUGGUAGAGUCUGAAACACCUGUUGAGCCCCCACAGCCUUACAGCUUCACGUACGCUGCGGGUCGUUACCCGGGUCACGUAGACAGAACACAUUCUGAGACGAGUGAUGGCUCUGGAACCAUCCGCGGAAUGUUUGCGUACGUGGAUCCCCGAUAUCAGGUGCGGACUGUGGAGUAUGUGGCCGAUGCUCAAGGAUUUCACCCCGUACUCAGCAACCCUGUGGCUGACACCCCUACAGUCGCAGCGGCUAAGGCACAACACGCAGACCUUUUCGCACGGAUUGCGGCUGAACACGAGCGCAUUGCUGCUGAGCGGGGUCCUGAAGAAGAACAUGUGAACUAAUGAUGAAAUUUUAUUUGUUGUGUGUAGUCGAGCUUGCCAUAUCUCAAGUGUCUGUACAUAGAGGCCUAUGUGAUAGUACGCUGGUUGCGUUACAUUGGCUUAGAAUGUUUGAGUCUUAUUUUUACUAUUUGCCGUCAACACAAUUAUACGUUUAAGAUAUGUGAUGAAACCCAAUUAUUGUACAAACUGACUAUAACGCUCUGUUAAAGAUAUGCGAGGUCUGACAUUUAAAUAACGAAAACUGGCUCUUGGGAAGCGUGAGUCGAUGACGAGUGCUGCCGCCAAUCGAUAAAUACCUUAAUUAAACACUGUAUAAUCUGUGGUAGCAAACUAUAAACAAUCAAUAUACGAACUUAUUUUUUCAAGCUUGGAAUAAAACCAGCGGAAAUCUUUUAAAUUUUUGAAGCACGCGUGUGGAUGAGAGGUUACAUCAAGAGCACGUGAAGUGGAGUUUGACAGCCAACUUCGACGUCCGGUAAAAAAAAAUCGGAUGAAAACAUCGAAAAGGUCAUAAGUUUGGGAGGGGGGGACAUGAUCGACGUCUUGUCAGAAUUAUUGCAGAAUAACUGUAUAUUAACAUAUUGAUUUUGACGGAAAAUUUGAUGAAGAAAUUGUGCAAAAAUGGUGUGCAACAACCUUACUAACGACUAACUGCAGCGGAGGAGGAGAAUGACAGAACACUUUCCCACAAGAAUUUUUUUUUGGCAGAAUAAUCAGUCUUGGUCCAGGAACACCCAACUUGUUCACCAGAUUUUAUUCUAUGUGAUUUGUUCCUCUUUCCUGCCAUGAAAAAUUAUCUCAAGGAUCACAUUUUGAAAUUGUCGAAGAGAUUCAGGAUAAGGCAGCCGUUCUGAAUAAUCUGGAAGAGAAUGACUUCUCGGUAGUUGUAAAUAUUGCUGGAAUUCAUGUAUAGCUGCAGUUCGGAAUAAAAUAUAAUACGGUCAUCAUGUAAGUACACUGUCGUUAUUUAAUUGUCGGACUUCGUACAUAGUCUUUUUUCACAAUGUAUUAAUAUAAUAAAACUAAAUAAUUUUGGGCCUUAUGGGAUAA